AUGUCGCUGCCCAGUGACUACACCAACGAAAUCGCCGCCCUCAACCGCGAGAUCCUCAAGAACCCCACCGGCGACAUCCUCCAGACCUGCUUCAACUUCUUCGCCCGCCGUCUGGAGUCCCAGCGCGCCGAAUUCCUCCUCUCCCAGCGACAUUCCAGCCAGCCGGGAAUGGCCGAGAGCAACUUCCCCGGCAACAAUCCCUUCGGUGCGACCUCGACCGCCCCAAACCAGCAGCCCGCAAUGCAUUCCGUCGCCGAAGAGGAGGAGCAUGACUUCCAGUCGCCCACCGCCUCCUCCUUUCCCCCCAACGUUCGCGGCGACGCCUCUCCUGGUACCGUUCACGCCAAUCCAAACAGCAACAGCACGCCUGGAGGAACCUUUGGCAACUUUGGCUUUGGACCUGCUAGCUCAAACCGCACCAAUCCGCCUGCCUCUGUCACCGCCGGCGCCAUGUCUCAGCAAGACUCCUUCCCCAACAACUACAACAUGAAUCGCCGCACUUCAGUCUCGGCUGAGUCGCUGGCCCCAGCAUCUGCGGAUGACGCAAACUGGAAGGCCCCCAGCUUCCCCAAGACCCAAGACCAGAUCAAUCGCCUGCGAGAGGCCGUUUCCCACAACUUCCUCUUCUCACACCUCGACGACGAGCAGUCUGCGCAAGUGCUUGGUGCCCUUCAAGAGAGGAAAGUGCCUGCGAAGGAUGUUCGCGUGAUUGUGCAGGGAGAUGCCGGUGACUACUUUUAUGUUGUGGAAUCAGGUAAUUUUGAUAUCUACCUGUCCAAGACGGGCAAGGUGGAGUCUGGUCCAGAGGGGUUGGGUGAAAAGGUGGCUUCGUCAGGACCUGGUACAUCUUUCGGCGAGUUGGCGCUCAUGUACAACGCACCGCGUGCGGCGACGGUGGUCAGCACAGAGCCUAGCAUUCUCUGGCAACUGGACCGCAUCACCUUCCGCCGCAUUCUGAUGGACUCUGCAUUCCAGCGCCGCCGCAUGUACGAGUCAUUCUUGGAGGAAGUACCACUCCUUUCCUCGCUCACACCUUACGAACGAAGCAAGAUUGCCGAUGCUCUGGAGACUGUCAAGUACCCUGCAGGGAGCGCGAUCAUCAGAGAGGGCGACCCUGGUGACAAGUUCUACAUCCUGGAAUCUGGUGAGGCAGAGGCUGUGAAGCGCGGACGUGAGGACAAACCAUUGAAGCAGUACAAGCCUGGCGACUACUUUGGUGAAUUGGCGCUUCUGGACGACAAGCCGCGCGCUGCGAGCGUUCAGAGCAAGACUGAGGUCAAAGUGGCUACUCUUGGCAAGGACGGCUUCCAGCGUCUGCUCGGUCCUGUGGAGAGCAUCAUGCGUCGUGACGACCCAAGAAAGCUGGAGCGCUCCCCGGAUCCACUGAGAUGA